AUGGCUGUCCCAGAGAAUACGCCAUCAGAUGCAUUGGUUUACAGGUUAAACGGACUUCUACAGAAAGCCCGGUCGGUUAAGCCUAGUUCGACUAUUGAUCCACCUCUUCAGGUGUCUGAACUUGUCAAAAAUGAUGAGGCACUUUUUGUUCCUGUGGUUGACAAUAAGGACGCACAUACACUUGCAUUCGAGAAAGCAGCGAAGCACAUUUUCUAUGCUAGGCUCGGAACUUCAGCAAUAGAAUCUUCGGAUUUCGUGGACAUCUGGAAUCUAUUGGAUAUUCUACAAUAUUGCGGAGAUAGAGAUGUCUGCUCACCACAAUUGGUCCUGCUCUUAAUUGAGGAAUUACUCGACAGCCAGUCAAUAUCAGGCUGCAGGAUCGUCUUCAAUUUCCUCGAGUCUCGACGAGAAGCAAUAAUAGCUAACACAUCGAAGAAUAAAGACCUGGUGAUCCUGCGUCUAUGCAACGAACUUCUCAGAAGGCUGUCCCGCGCCGAGGACCCGGUGUUUUGCGGCCGUGUCUAUAUUUUCCUCUUCCAAAGCUUUCCCUUGGGCGACAAGAGCUCCGUCAAUCUGCGAGGCAAUUUCCACGUAGAAAAUGUCACAACGUUCGAGGAUUAUCUGAAGGCCUCUAGCAAUAAGUCGGAUUCGAUGCAAGUAGACCCGGUGGAAGGUUCGGACGACUUGAAGGAAAAGGCAGGGCUUGAUGGGGAUGCCCUGAAAUCCUCUGAAGCAGAUAAGUCAACAUUGAAGGAAGGGACAACUACUAUGGAUAUCGACGAUUUAUACCCCGUCUUUUGGUCGCUCCAACAAUCGUUCUCGAAUCCUCCUCGACUGUUUGAAGAGGAACAAUUUAAGGAGUUCCAGAAAAGUCUGCAGGCAACCUUAGCCAAGUUCAAGGAGGUUCCCAAGGUCAUCCAGUCUGGAGACUCAGAGCGUAAGAAGGGGGAGAAGGCUCGUGGAGAUGACGAUCAAGGAGAAUUUGCAAGCUCGUUCAACCCCAAAUACCUGACGAGCCGGGAUCUCUUCAAGCUAGAGCUGAGCGACCUUGCGUUCCAAAGGCACAUCCUCGUGCAGGCGCUUAUCCUGAUAGACUUCCUCUUGACACUAACAGAGAAGUCGAAAACCCAGGGCUAUUACCAGAACGCGCAGAAAGCGAUGCAAUACAGUUUCACACUGCGUGAGGAAGACACCGAAUGGGCGUUGGGCAUCAAGAACUCGAUUGCAAAUUACCUGCAGGACGGUCCAGAUGGGAAGUUCUACUAUCGAAUGGUGGAUACCGUAUUGUCCCGCGAUAAGAACUGGGUAAGAUGGAAAAUGGAGAACUGCCAGCCAUUCACUCGUGAUAGAGUCUCCACAAAAGAUUUCCUGGAGGCAAAAUCUGGGGCACAGGACGAGCUUGGCCGUAAGAGGCUCGCAAAGCCUCUGGGUUCGAGCAGCGCCCUCCAGUUUCUGUCGAACACUGAUGCCGAAAAGGGGCUCACACAGUUGCAGCAAUCUGACAGAUUCUCUACGCCAAGUGCAGAGUCAUAUGCAACGAAGAUUCGAAUGACAGAGCUGGACCUGGACAUGGUUACAUCGGAUGAGGAAAAGCGCCAACUGGAGGAGAGCAAAACAAGUAAUUCAUGGCGCGGGCUUCGACUUGCAUCCAAGAGCCGGUUGAGCUCAUUUGACAGGCUUGAACAUGGUAAAGGUUUGGAGAGGCUCUUUCAGCCGGUCACUUCGAUUGAGGCGGCUGGCGAAACGGAUGGCAGGGAUUCGGUUCCGCAAGAACAGCAUCAAAGCGUUGAGGAGCAGCGGGCCGGCGAACAAAGUCAAGUGACUACGGAAUCAGUGGCGGAGUAG